AUGUCUUGGAAGCUCACAAAGAAGCUCAAGGAGACGCAUCUGGCGCCGCUCGCCAACACCUUCAGCCGCUCGUCCUCCACAUCGACCAUCGUCGACCAGCAGACCCCCAAGGCCGCCACAAGCUCCGCAAGCAGCAAUGCCGCCCCCGGAGACCCCAGAGACCCCAACGGCAUCGCUGCCUCGGAAGCCAAUGCAGCCCCGCCACCGGCGCCCCUCCGCCCUGGCAUCUUGAUCGUCACCCUCCACGAAGGCAAGGGCUUCUCGCUGCCCCCCGGCGCCGAGCAGGCCUUCAGCGGCGGCUCGCACCACCAGGGUUCCCUCUCCACCGGCGGUGGCUUCUCCGUCGCCGGUUCCAUGCGCCCGGGCUCCUCGAGGAACCCCGCCGUUGGCUCCUACACCGGCCAGGGCCGCCCGCAGUCUGCCGCUGGCAGCAUCAACGCAGCGCCCACCAUCCACGGCCGCUACUCGUCCAAGCACCUGCCCUACGCCCUCGUCGAUUUCGACAAGCAGCAAGUCUUCAUCAACGCCGUCUCCGGCACACCAGAGAAUCCACUGUGGGCUGGCGGGAACACACAGUACAAAUUCGAUGUAUCCCGCAUAACGGAUCUCACCGUCUCCCUCUACAUCCGCAACCCUACCGCACCUCCCAACGCUGGCCGAAACGAGGACAUCUUCAUUGGAACGUUGAAAAUCAACCCGCGCUUCGAGGAGCAGCGAGAUGGCAAGGACAAGAAGGGAGAGGCCACGGCAGCGGGCCAGGCUGGCGCUGAUUGGAUCAACGUCCAGUUUGGCAGUGGUUCCAUGAAGAUUGGCGUCAACUUUGUCGAGAAUCGACAGGACCGCUUGGCCAUUGACGACUUUGAGCUCCUCAAGGUCGUUGGAAAGGGGAGCUUUGGAAAAGUCAUGCAAGUACAGUACGUCACCCUCGCCUCUGCAGCACCACUCACCACUCACCGCUCACCACUCGCCACUCGCCACUCACCACUCACAUCCUACAGGAAAAAGGACACACACCGAAUCUACGCUUUAAAGACCAUCCGCAAAGCACACAUCAUCUCCCGCUCCGAAGUCGCACAUACCCUCGCCGAGCGAUCUGUUCUGGCGCAGAUCAACAACCCCUUCAUCGUGCCGCUGAAGUUCUCCUUCCAGUCGCCCGAGAAGCUCUACCUCGUGCUGGCUUUCGUAAACGGUGGCGAGCUCUUCCACCACCUGCAGAAAGAGCAGCGAUUCGACAUUAACCGUGCGCGAUUCUACGCUGCAGAGCUCCUUUGCGCGCUGGAGUGCUUGCACGGAUUCAACGUCAUCUAUCGUGACUUGAAGCCUGAGAACAUCCUGCUUGACUACACAGGCCACAUCGCCCUGUGCGAUUUCGGUCUCUGCAAGCUGGACAUGAAGGAUGAGGACCGCACAAACACAUUCUGCGGAACACCUGAGUACCUCGCACCUGAGCUUCUCACCGGCGGCGGCUACACAAAGUCGGUAGAUUGGUGGACAUUGGGUGUCCUCCUCUACGAGAUGUUGACUGGUCUCCCGCCCUUCUACGACGAGAACACCAACGACAUGUACCGCAAGAUUCUCACCGAGCCACUGCACUUCCCCGGGCCCGAGAUUGUCCCUCCUGCGGCACGCGACCUCCUGACCCGUCUGCUCGACCGCAACGCAGAGAAGCGUCUGGGAGCCAAGGGCGCAGCCGAGAUCAAGGCGCACUACUUCUUCCACAGCAUUGACUGGCGCAAGCUGCUGGAGAGAAAGUACGAACCCAGCUUCAAGCCCAACGUGGUUGAUGCCAAGGAUACCGCCAACUUUGACCGCGAGUUCACUUCAGAAGCGCCAACCGAUUCAUACGUUGACGGACCCAUGCUGUCGCAAACCAUGCAGGCACAGUUUGCAGGCUGGUCCUACAACCGGCCGGUGGCUGGCCUCGGAGAUGCUGGUGGCUCGGUGAAGGACCCAUCUUUCGAGGGUGUUGCGGAUAGGAAGUAG